UAAUAUGCUAAUUAAAAUCUAUCUAUCUAUCUAUCUAUCUAUCUAUUUUUUCCUCAGUUUCUGCAGGCGGGGCGCAGGUCAGCACUCUGUCAGUGAUUUUCUUUUGGUUUCGAUGUUUGUGUAGGUGUUAAAAUGGCGUCAGCAGCAGGUAGACAAAGUCCAGACUUCAGACGUCCUGAAAUGAGUGAUCUGAGGAUUGUUCUGCUGGGAAAAAAUGGAUCAGAAAACAGUCGAGUGGCAAACACUAUACUGGGCAGAGCAGCGUUUCACAGAGAAGCUCCAUUUUAUUCACAGCAAUACAGUAUGAGAAUCAGUGCAGAGGUGGAGGAGAGACACAUCACAGUCAUCAACACUCACCUGCUCCAGCCGAAUUUCCCACAGGGAGUGAUAAUACAGGAAGUAAAAGACUGUGUGCGUCGCUCUGCUCCAGGACCUCAUGCAUUUCUUGUCAUACUGCAGUAUAGUAACUUCAGUGAGAACGACAGACAGAGAGUGAAAUAUGUGCUGAACCUCUUCAGUUACCAGGCCAUGAAACACACUGUAGUGCUGUCUACUGAUGAAGAGCCACGUGGAUACAUGUAUAUGUCUUAUAAGUGCACUAAUAAAGCUAUUCAUAAUUUAAUAAAGGAGUGUGGAGAAGGACAUCUGAAGUUUAAUACAAUAAGCACAGGAUGGCGCUCUGAGAUGUUUGGAAGGAUAGAAGAGAUACUCAAGAAAGAAUGUGAAGAAUUUCUCAUCUGUGAUGUGUAUGAGGAUGAAGGUGAUGAAGCAUCAGUGGAUGAAGAUCUGAGUAGAUCUGGAGCUUCAGUCACAGGAGACGAGAAAGAGAAGAAGGACAUAAAAACAGGACGUGAUGGAGGAGUGAGGACUACUGGAAAAGCAAAGCUGAACAUUGUACUGUGUGGAAAUGAUUCAACACUCAAGAACUCAGUGUCUAAAAUCUUUAGAGGAAAAAUGAUUAAAUCUCAGAAAGAGAUGAGUAAAGUGUGUGUGAAGAAAGAGGGAAAGAUUAAUGGACGGCAGAUCAGUGUAAUAGAGCUUCCAGCUCUCACUCGACUCUCAGAGGAGGAAGUGAUGUGUCAGACUCACCGCUGUCUGUUUCUCUGUGAUCCUGGAGUUCAUCUUUUCAUCCUUGUUACUCCUGUCAGUCCACUUACUAAUGAAGACAAAGCAGAAAUGGAGAAGAUUAAAGAAAUAUUUUACUCUAAUGAGCACUUCAUGGUGCUUUUCAUUACUGAACUCACUGUUGACAAAAGUGUGACAGAUUUUGUAGCGUCCACAGAAUCUCAGCGUGUUGUGAGUCUCUAUGGGAGUUGGUGCAGUGUGAUGGGGUUAAAGGACCAGAGAAACUCUGAACAGAUUUCAGACCUGUUUGAUUAUAUAAAGAGCAUGAAGAUUGAACCCUAUUCUCUUCUGACGUAUAUGAGAGCUCAAGAGAAGAGAGUCAGACAUGAAGAGAAACUGAGAGUGAGAGACAAUGAGGAGGAGAUCGAGACACUGAAUCCAGAGGGUGUGAAGCUGAAUCUGGUUGUGUGUGGGAGUAACAGAGAGUUAAAAUCCUUCAUAUCAAACCUGAUCCUGAAUCAGAGCGAGAGAAGAUCAGAGCUCAGCUCAGAGUGUGUGAGGAGAGACGUGGAGCUUCAUGGACGUCUGAUCAGUCUGGUGGAGCUUCCAGCUCUGUUCAACACUCAGCUCUCAGAGGAGGAAGUGAUGCGUCAGACUCACCGCUGUGUGUCUCUCUGUCAUCCUGGAGUUCAUGUUUUCAUCAUCAUCAUUCCUGAUGCUCCACUUAAUAAUGAAGACAGAGCAGAAAUAGAGGAGAUCCAGAGGGUAUUCAGCUCAAGAAUCAACAAACACAUCAUGAUCCUCAUAAAGCAGAAUUCAGAGCAUCAGACAGAAAAACUGAAUGAAGAAACACAGUCUGUCAUUGAGAGUUUUGGAGGACGACAUCAUUUCAUUGGCCCUAAAACACAAGUGUCUGUGUUGAUGGAGAAACUGGAGCAGAUGGUUGAGGAAAACAGUGGUGUUUGUUUCUCCACAAAAACACUGAUGGAUGCACAGAUGCAUUCAUUAGAGAUGUGGUUUCAGUCACAAGAUUCAAGAGAAGAUGAUCUGAGGAUUGUGCUGCUGGGAAAAACCGGAGCUGGAAAAAGUUCAGCUGGAAACACCAUCUUAGGAAGAAAAGCAUUUAAAGCAGACAUUUCUCAAACAUCUGUUACUAAAGUGUGUCAGAGAGAAACAGCUGAAAUCAACAGCAGACACAUUACUGUGAUCGACACUCCAGGACUGUUUGAUAGUGAACUGACUAAUGAAGAAAUACAGAGAGAAAUCAGCAACUGCAUCUCCAUGAUCCUGCCUGGACCACAUGUGUUUCUCUUACUGAUACCAGUAGGACAGUUCACUGAAGAAGAGGUAAAAUCAGUGAAGAUCAUCCAAGAGAUGUUUGGUGACAAAUCUUUAAGGUACACCAUGGUGCUCUUCACCAGAGGAGAUGAUCUGAAUGACAAAACUAUUGAAGAGUUUCUGGGAAAACCUGGAUCUCCGUUGAUGAAGCUGAUUGAAGUGUGUGGAAACAGAUUCCAUGUGUUCAAUAAUAAUGAGACUGGAGACCAAACACAGGUGACUGAUCUACUGCAGAAGAUAGACAACAUGGUGAAAGCAAACGGAGGGAGUUACUACUCAUGUAAGAUGUUCAGAGAGAUGGAAAGACAAAAACAAGAACAACAAAAGAACAUAUUAACAGAGAGAGUCAGAGAAAGAAAAGAAGAGAUGAAGAAACUUGAAAAAGAGAAAAAGAAGAUGAAGAUGAAGAUAGAGGAAGAUCAUGACAAAGAGAGAAAGAGAAGAGAAGAAGAAUUUAUUGAGAGAUGGAAUAAAGAAAGAGGGGAACAAGAGAGAGAGAUACGAGGGGAGCUGAAGAGAGAACGAGAGGAAUGGGUGAGACAGAAACAAGAACCAAGACAAAGAACAGAAGAAGAGGACGAAUGGACAGAGAUAGAAAAGCUGAGAGGAAAGAGACGAGAGAGAGAAAGAAGACUGAAAGUAAAACAAGAUUAUCAGAUCAAACAUAAAGAAGAGAGAAAUAGAAUGAAGAGGAUGAUGGUGGAAAAAAAACAGAAGCGUGACAAAGGGAGAAAGAGCAGAGAAGCGGAAUAUGUGGAAGAACAAUGUGAAAGAGACAUUAAACUACAUACGAGAAACAUUUCAGAUGAUGAAGAUUCAUCAUCAGAUUCAGGAUGUUUGAGAAUCUUGCUGUUUGGGAGGACAGGAAGUGGAAAGUCUGCCACAGGAAACAGUAUCCUUGGAAACAGUGGGUUUCACAGUGAAGACAGUUCACAGUUGGUGACCACUGUUUGUCAGAAAGGAGUUGGUGAAGUUGAUGGUCAAUCAGUAGCUGUUACUGAUACUCCAGGACUCUUUGACCCCUCACUGACAAAAGAACAAGUGCAGGAAGAAAUAAUGAACUGUAUUUCACUGUCAGCACCUGGACCACAUGCGAUCAUCAUUGUGCUGAGUGUGGGAAAAAUCACUCCAGAGGAGAAAGACACUUUAGACAUGAUCAAGAUGAUCUUUGGCUCAAAAGCACUUAUCUGA